UGUGCUCCAGGCGAUGGAGGCGUGGCGUGAAGAGUACAGAAACCGAUUAGGUGAUGCGGCUGAUGAUGAAGAGAUUGAGCAAAUAGUCGCGAACCCGCCAACUGCCCUACUUUUGGCGUACGACGCGGCGCAUAUCGUAGCGGAAGCGUUGGCGCUGUUGCAGCUUCCGGGCGGCGCGCCCGGCGCCUGCGAGCGCGGCACCGCCGCCUUCCACGCCGACACACUGCUCAACUACAUACGCUCGCGCGAGUGGGGCGGCGCGAGCAGCGAGCUGGCGCUGCGCUGGGAGGCGGGAGGUGCGCGGCGCGAGGUGGCGCUGCAGGCGGCCGAGCUGCUCGCGGGCGGCGAGCUGCGCACGGCGGCCGCGUGGGCGCCGCGCGACGGGCUGGCCUGGCGCCCUCGCGAUCCCGCGCCGCCGCCGCCGCGCGACUCCAUGGUCAACCGCACCUUCGUCGUGCUCAUCGCCCCGAAUAAACCAUACGUCAUGAGACAACAAUCGACCGAUCGCCUCGCUGGCAACGAGCGCUACGAAGGUUUCUGUAUCGAGCUAAUUGACCGGCUCGCGCGCCAGCUGCACUUUAACUACACGUUCGUGGAGCAGCCGGACGGCCGCUACGGCUCCUACAAUAAGACAACGGGCCAGUGGGACGGCAUGAUGAAGAGGCUCAUGGAAGACAAGGACAUAGAUUUCGCGGUGACGGACCUUACGAUAACCGCGGAGCGCGAGAAAGCGGUGGACUUCACCACGCCCUUCAUGAACCUGGGCAUCGCUAUCCUGUUCCGCAAGCCGCAGCCGCCCAAGCCCGCGCUACUCGCCUUCCUGCUGCCCUUCUCCAGCGGGGUGUGGCUGUGCUUGGGCUUCGCGUACCUAGGCACGUCGCUGGUGCUGUACGUGGUGGGCCGGCUGUGCCCCGAGGAGUGGCAGAACCCGUACCCGUGCGUGGAGGAGGCCGCCGCGCUCGAGAAUCAGUUCACCAUCUCCAACGCGCUCUGGUUCAUUCUGGGCGCCGUGCUCAUGCAGGGAUCUGAAAUUGCGCCCGUCGCGUACGGGUCCCGCGCGGUGGCGAGCGCGUGGUGGAUCUUUGCGAUCGUGAUCGUCAACUCGUAUACGGCCAAUCUGGCCACGCUGCUCGGCACCAAGACCUCCAACGAGCUCAUCCACAACGUACGCGACCUCGCCGAGAAUGACCUCGGUAUCACCUACGGCGCCAAGGCCGGCGGAUCCACUUUCACUUUCUUCGAGGUAUAUUUUUAA